AUGGGGAGCGGCGCUCUUGGCGCGGCGGAUGAAUCCGGGGCUCGGCCGGCCGCGCCUGGAGCGCGGGGCUGUCGCGGGCCGCUCCGCCCAUGGCCUCCCCGCUCCUCUCCCCAGGAGGACCCCAUCCUGAUCCGGCCUUUCCACGGCCACACGGCGGCGGUGACGGGCGUCGCCUUCAACGCGAACGCGGCGGGGCUGGUUACCUGCUCUGUGGAUAGGCUUCUUAUAUUGUGGAAGCUGACGACGCAGUGCAGAGCCUACAGGUUUGAAGGCCAUGCAGAAGCAGUGACAAGUGUAGAUUUCUCACCAGAUGGGCAGGUGCUGGCUUCAGCUUCUCAUGACCACACUGUCAGGCUGUGGAUUCCUUGCAUUCAUGGAGAGUCAUCAGUACUGAAAGGUCAUACAGCAUCUGUUCGGACUGUGAGCUUCUCCCACGAUGGCUACUCUGUAGUUUCAGCAUCCAAUGAUAAAUUAAUAAAAAUAUGGAGCGUUUGCUAUCAGCGCCUUUUGUUUACCCUAUUCCAACACACUGGUUGGGUUCGCUGUGCCAAGUUUUCACCUGAUGGAAGAUUAAUAGCAUCUUGUGCUGAGGACAAAUCUAUUAUCAUUUGGGAUACAAGAAAUAAAAUUUGUGUUAAUAGCUUCUCAGAUCAUGAAGGAUUUGCAACUUUUGUGGAUUUCAACCCAAGUGGAACAUGUAUAGCUUCUGCAGGUUCCAAUAACACAGUGAAACUAUGGGAUAUUCGAACGAACAAGCUACUGCAGCAUUUCAAAGUUCACAGAGCAGGGGUUAAUUGUAUAUCAUUCCAUCCUUCUGGUAACUACCUCAUCACUGCUUCUACUGACGGUACCCUUAAGAUUCUGGACCUCUUAGGAGAAAGACUUAUUUACACUCUUCAUGGACACAAGGGGCCUGUACUUUGUGUGGCUUUUUCAAAAGGUGGUGAAAAAUUUGCCUCGGGUGGCAUGGAUGCUCAGGUAUUUCUAUGGAAAACCAACUUUGAUACUUGGGAUUAUGAAGAAGUUCUCAAACACAAUUUUAGGAGAACACAUAUUGAUGAUCCUCCUCAUCUUCUUGAUAUUUACCCAAGGUCACCUCAUUUCCAUGGUGAAAAUCUUAAUUCAGUUGAGGUUGACCCUACCUUUGAUGUGCCUGACAAACAAACACCUGACCCAGUUGUCAUCAAUAUUAGACCAGCUUCAUAUACCAGUACUCCUGGUACUGGCAGAAGUGAAGAACUGAGGAGUCCCUCUGCUUCUUCCUCGGCAAGAACUUCAAAAAGGAAGGCAGAGAAUGGGGCUGGAUCAGCUGUGCAUAAUGUGGGACAGCACAGAAGCAUCUCCUCUGUGGGCAGGGUUUUGGACCACAUUGUGGGGCAGCUGCAUAUGUUAACUCUAACUAUUUCAAUUCUGGAACAACGUCUUACUUGUACUGAAGAUAGAUUGAAAGAAUGCAUAAAAGAUCAGCAAAAACUGUUAAAGGAAAACAGAACUAAUAACACAUGA